ACACUGUUGGUCAGGAUGAGGGGGCUGCUCGUAUUCGCCGCGCUGUUUGUGGCCGUUCUCGGCAAGGAGACGUUUAAGGGGCAUCAGGUGCUUCGCAUUACUGCGAAAGAUGAAGCCCAGCUGGCUCUUAUCAAGGAUCUGGAGGACAUGAUCCACUUUGAGCUGGACUUCUGGAGAGGAGUGACCGAUGUGGCCUCUCCUGUGGAUGUCAGAGUUCCCUUCCACAGCCUGCAGUCUGUCAAAGUUUACCUGGAGACUAAGGCAAUUCAGUACGCCACCAUGAUCGAAGACCUGCAGACAUUGCUGGACAUGGAGCAGGAGGACAUGGAAGCUGCUGCUCGUGCUGCUGGCCCCAGAUCCACUGACAGCUUCGACUAUUCCAAUUACCACACCAUCAACGAGAUCUACAACUUCCAGGACAUGCUGGUGAGGGAGAAUCCCAACCUGGUCAGCAAGAUUGUGAUCGGUCAGAGCUACGAGGGACGUCCCCUGAGUGUGCUCAAGUUCAGCACUGGUGGAACCAACCGUCCCGGCCUCUGGAUUGACACUGGAAUCCAUUCCAGAGAGUGGGUCACUCAGGCCAGUGGCACCUGGUUUGCCAAGAAGAUUGUGACUGCUUAUGGAAGUGACCCCGCCCUCACAGCCAUCCUCAACAAGAUGGAUAUCUUCCUCCUGAUUAUGACCAACCCUGAUGGCUUCACCUACACCCAAACAACCGACCGCAUGUGGCGUAAGACCAGGAAGCCCAACCCUGGUUCAAGAUGUGUCGGAGUCGAUCCCAACAGGAACUGGGAUGCUGGUUUUGGAGGGCCUGGUUCCAGCAACAACCCCUGCUCCCAGACUUACCGUGGACCAAGUGCUAACUCUGAGUCUGAGGUCAGGGCCAUUGUUGACUUUGUGAGGUCCCACGGUAACCUCAAGUCCUUCGUCUCCAUCCAUUCCUACUCCCAGAUGCUCCUCUACCCCUACGGCUACACCAGUACUCCAGCCAAGGACAGAGCUGAGCUGCACCGUCUGGCUAAGAGGGCCAUCAAAGCCCUGGCCUCCCUGUAUGGUACUCCUUACAGAUACGGCAGCAUCAUCAACACCAUCUACCAAGCCAGCGGUGGCACCAUUGACUGGACCUACAACCAGGGCAUCAAGUACUCCUACACCUUUGAGCUGAGGGACACCGGUCGUUACGGCUUCCUCCUGCCCACCAAUCAGAUCAUCCCCACCGCCCAGGAGACUUGGCUGGCUCUGAUGGCCAUCAUGAAACACGCCUACAAGACUUCCGACUAAGUGUGUGUGUGAUUAUGAGUGGUAAUCCCAGUAAAGAGGAGAUUGUUGGCAAAUGUCACCAUCUUUACAACUGAUAUCACCUUCAUCCAAAACCACAAACAGACAAAUAAAUGUGCAAGCCUGCAGUUUCCAUUUCUUAAUGAGUUAAAACCUUCUAAAUAUAAACAUACAUGACUUUUCUUCUUUGGCAUUCCACACCUGUCUUUAUUUAAUCAGUUUCCAGCCUCUUAAAACUCACAUUACUAAGAUGGCAAUCAAUCAAUCUUAACCUGACCUUUGGAAAUAGCCAUUAAAUAGCCAUUGUAGCCAUUAAUGAAUAAAACUGGAGUAUAUAAUUAGCUGUGACACAGAGUGGAACUUCAUUCCUGUUUGGUUUCCGAUAUCAUCCUGUCACUUUUGUUAGUUUACUGAGACAAAAGCAACAGCUACAUGUCUAAAAAUGUAAUGAUAAAAGAUCUCUACGUUUUCUACAAAUUUGUUGCAACAACACUCACAGGUCAAGUGCGUAGGAUUUAGCAGAAUCUAGCAGUUACAGAAUUCCAACCACCUAUAUACGGUAGUCACUAAAAACACAGAGAAUGGGAGAGGACUUCUCUAGAGCUAGUGUUUGGUUUGUCUGAUCUGGGCUACUGUAGAAUCAUGGCAUAAGUAAAUGAGGACCCACUACAUUACAUUUCUGCCAAUAGAUUCUCCUAAAUCCACUCACUAGACAUUAACUUUUGUUUUCUUUUACGGUAUGAAUGUUUCCAAUUUUAGCCAGUAGUAGGAAGGUAAGGAGGUUUAAUUAUUAGUUAUAGAACAAAACAAAACAUGUAUUAACUCCAAAUAUAACACAACUGCCUUAGACAAAAAAAAAAACCAAAACACUUCAGAUAGAGCAAACAAUUAUCCAUUUUAAAUGACAUCAAUUUACAAGCAAAAUCACAUGAUCAGAUCAUUAAUGUGAAUUAAAACCGACUGUGAAAACAAAUGAUUCAUCACAGAAGAAAGGCCUGCAGACUAGUCCGCAUUCUCAUUAAAAAGCACUUCAUCGGAGACUGUGUGAGCGUAUCCAGGCAGAGGUGAACAAGAAUCAUACCAACAAAACAAAAGGCCACACAUUAGCAAUACUGUUUUUCAAAUGCAUCUGUGGGUACUGAAGCGCUGUUUGUAAUUUAGUUUCAUCCAGAACAAAAUACCCAUUUCCAUCCUUUAGUGACACUGUGACAAGCACAAUCUCUAACAAAGAAAAUCACAGUGACGUAAAAGCACAAGUGGCCAAAAAAGUUGCACAUAAAGGCUGUCGGUGCUUCGUCAGUUUCGAGAUCACAAUACAACAUCACACGUGGAGAAAAUUACAAAAAUACAACACAGCUUGUCUUAAUAUUAUAAAACUGAUCCAGCUCUGUAAUAUCAUUUAUAUAAAUUACAUCUCACGUCAUAGAGAGAUUCCCAGCAUAUCCUUCAUGUCACGUCAACAUUCAGUUACUUUGUCUCCCGCAAAGUCUAAGUCAUAUUGGAGUGCCAUUUAUUCGGUGGCUGUCAUACUGAUGGGGAAAAACAUGACGGCUUUGAACAUAACAAGAUUAAAAAGGAAAGAAUAUCAAACAGAUUAUCCAAUAUAUGGACAUGUUCAUCAACCAGAAGAAAAAAAACGAUGAGAAUAGUUACAUGAGAACAAAAUUUGAGUGCAGAAAGAUCCAUCAGUUGUCAGAUUCACAGACGAGGCACUGUGCAAACA